GAUGCACCAGGUGAGCAGCAAAACCAACAGGAGGCCAAACAGAGGGAGGCAGAAAUGAGGAACGGUAUUCUCGCCCAGGUUUUGGAACAGUCGGCUCGCGCCAGAUUGAGUAACCUGGCCCUUGUGAAGCCUGAAAAAGCCAAAUCGGUGGAGAAUUACCUAAUACAGAUGGCAAGAUAUGGGCAGCUUGGUGGAAAAAUUUCUGAAUCGGGAUUGAUUGAGAUCCUUCAGAAAGUCAGCCAACAAACAGAAAAUAAAACUAAAGUCAAGUUUAACAGAAGAAAAGUAAUGGAUUCUGAUGAAGAAGAGGACUAUUGAAACCUGCCCCCGGAAGACCCUAUUCCUGAAACCUUUAAGGACCGUGCUGACAAGGGUGGAUGAGAGAGUGUGGAUUUUUUUUUGUUUCCUGGAGGAAUUCUUUGUAUAGUUUUGUAUGUUUGGGUGCAAA